CGCGCACGUCCCUGCCCGUCCGUGAUGCCUUCCACCACAGUCACAGCUUUGGUCGUCCGUGUCCUGAUUGCGGUAUGCACCCGCACGGCAUUCCAACCCGAUGAAUACUUCCAGUCCUUGGAGCCUGCACAUCAUUUGGUCUUUGGUUACGGACAUCUUACCUGGGAAUGGCUCAGCCCUCGCCCAAUUCGAAGCAUAAUUUACCCCGCACUGAACGUGCCUAUUUAUUGGUUAUUGAAGAUCACUGGCAUAGAUGGUUGGGGAAGAUUCGGAGACGAGCUUGUGUUGUUAGCACCGCGGAUUCUCCAUGGCACAUUGGCGGCGAUGACAGACAUAGCUAUCUGUCAUUUGACGAAGGAAACUAUUGGAGAUCGCUAUGUCACGACUGCACUUUUUCUUUCAUUAACGUCGCUCUUCCAUAGUUUAUCACUGUCCCGAUCCCUAUCAAACUCCUUAGAGACAUCUCUGACAACAAUCGCACUGUCCUUCUUUCCUUGGGACAUCGGAGUACUGGAUUUACCUAGAACACGCGGGAGGUAGUUUCUACUCGUGUGGGUGUCGACGCGGGGAACUCACGAACUCACGUCCAAAACGUUCUAGGAUAAGAAGAAUGCUGUUCUUCGCUUCUCUUGCAUGUUUGGUCCGCGUUACAAAUGGUUUUAUCUGGAUCUACAUGACUGCUGUCUUCAUGUGGAGAAUUCGCGCUAGGAAGCCUCUUUUGGAGGGCUUCAUUCUGGACUCAAUUGUUACUGGCCUUCUUGCGCUGUUUCUUACAUUUGUGCUGGACACACUCUACUACGGUCGAGCCACCCUCACGCCGUUCAACUUUCUGAGAACUAAUCUUUCUGCGGUGUCACUCUUUUACGGGAGCAACCCGUGGCACUUCUAUCUCUCUCAAGCACUUCCUAUCCUUUGUACAACAGCUCUUCCAUUUGUUACUCAUGGAAUUUGGUUGGGUGUCACGAGCCCUCAUUCUAAUCAUCUCAAAGUGUUGAUAGGACUCUCUUGUUGGACGAUCGGAAUCUACUCCUUGGCUGGUCAUAAAGAAUGGCGCUUCAUUCAUCCUCUACUUCCCAUUUUUCACAUCUGUGCAGCUAAAUCGCUCGUCGACUGUUCACCGAAAACUAAGGAUGGCGAAAAACUUCCUCUACCGAGGCGCGUAUUGGGAUUCCUCCUCAUCAACGUUCCUGUAUCGGCAUACAUAAUCCUGCUUUACUGUAGCGGACCUAUCUCCGUCAUGACCUAUGUUAGAAGUUUACCUGUUGAAGUCACCCGAAGUGGGGUAGGCUUCCUCAUGCCUUGCCACUCCACGCCGGGCCAUGCAUACCUACAUCGACCCCAAUUGGCUCAGGGCGAGUUAUGGGCACUGGGCUGCGAACCACCUUUACAGAACCAAGACCUUGCAACAUACACAGAUCAGACGACCGUUUUCUUCUCCGAUCCUUAUCAUUAUCUAAUCGAUCGAUUUCCAAGUAUCGUCAAUCCGUCUUUCCCAAAGUCUCCUUAUCCUGCUUCCACGCCCAGCAGCUCACCUUCCCAGGCGGUGCAAUCGUGGCGCCACGAAUGGCCGAUGCAUCUCGUAUUUUUUGGUUCUCUUCUUGAACGAAAAGGGGUGAGACAUCUGCUUGAGGAAAGGGGGUAUAAAGAAGUGUGGCAUGGAGGAAGACCUUGGGAAGGUGAUGGGGAAGAAAGGAAAGGUGGUGUCAAGGUCUGGAGAUGGACCACGGGAGCUGGCUCCAGGCUGAAUGGUUUAUGAGUAAUUUGAGUUAGUUUGUCAAUGUAGUUAAACUAGGCGCCAUAAAUUUGUUUGUUUUCAUAUUUUGACAUGGAC